CUUCCAUUUUCCCUUUGUGAAGGUCGAAUAUUGAGUCGAUCUUUUUAUCAGCUCAAUAUUUUCCACUAAUGGUAAGUUUCCGCCUCUACUGAGCAGUUGGUUCUUUGCUGUCACACAGAGCCACUCUCUAUAUUCUCUUCCUUACUGUUACUUUGUAUCUGUUUAGCUUAACGUUGGGCAAGAUUUCUCUUUCCUGUCUGCGAACUAAAACUCCCAUCAUCCUCAGCAUGUUAGUAUUCAUUGUACUUUUCUGGUGAAAACUCUAUCCAGUCACUUUACUAAGCUGCAUAAAUAGCCAGUGUGCUGGGAGUCAGUUUAAAGAUCUGCGAUAUUCCCUAUCCUGGCUCGCAGGCUGCCUUCCAAGAGUAACUUACCUCAGACAGCGGGUCGGUUUCCCUAAGGUAAGUGCUAAGAAAGCUGUAUGGAGAUAGCAGGUGUAACCCUGUCAGUUAUAGCGUCAUGUCUCUGUAUGUCGCUAUAAACCAUCAAGAAACAGACAGGUCAAACCGUCACGUGGAUUUCUUAUAGGGCAGUUAACAAAUUUAUUUAUUAAUUUUUUCCCAUUGUUUAUUUUCAAUCAUUUAAUUUUUUUUUUCUUUAAAUUUGUAACCGUUUCACUGGGAUCCGAAGGAGUUUUAUUUGACCAUUUUUGAGGAUGAAUAAAAAAAGAUUAUAGCAACAAGAUCUCUAACCGAGAUUUCAAACGGUCAUUUUUUUUCUCUCCAAAGAUUUUUUAUUUUUUCUAUAUUCCCUGAUUUUGAAGGUCCGGGAUACUGGGUAUGUCCCUGGCCCUUUGUCUCAUAUAAGGGAUUAACCCAUUUGGGCCCAGCAGACUGGACUUGUUCUUUAACCCCUUAAGGACCAAACUUCUGGAAUAAAAGGGAAUCAUGACAUGUCACACAUGUCAUGUGUCCUUAAGGGGUUAAGGGAGUAACAUUUAUUAUAAAGCAGUUCCAGGAGACUGGGUAUUCGCUUAUUAAUGUAAUACUUUCCACCUCGCAGCCCACGGGCAGUGCUGGUAUUACUGGGGGACCCAACACUUUUAUCAUUAUUUAUUUGUACAUUGUCUGUAAGCUCAGUGUGUCCGCUUCUCUCACUUGCCGCAGAGCAGCACAUCGCAUCGAUCUCAGACGUGGUACUGAAAGGGUUACGUUUACUAGCGCUGCCCACCUAGUGACAAUAUACAGUGGGUUUUGCUAGGCACCAUUUCCGCCAGCCAUUGGCACACCAUUAGGGAACAGAAGCCUUUGCUAACUAGCGUUACAGUAAAGUUACAAUUAGAAAAUCACAGUUGUGGCCUAACUGUGACAAAUAUAGCGGUGGCUCUAGUAAAUCAAGCCUGUUGUGCCGGUGUUUCUGUAAUAGAUUGUUUGUACCAUCUCCCUGAUACAUGCUCUCCUUGCCCCGGGUACAUGUUUCACUGAGCUCUUGUUUUUUCUUUGCUGUGUUUUUAGGUUUUCAAUGCCUUUAUGGUGCUCGCUGUAAGCGCGGGCACUGCCCUGUUGGCUGAGCAGCAGAUCUUCUGCAGAUGGGUCCCGGCAUCCAAGUAUUUCUUCUUCUCCAAGUCCUGGUGACCCUGGCACUGCCCGAAGACAAUGGCGGCUGGUAUGUAAUAAUCUACGACAAAGGUGUCCAAAGCACAAUAUGCCUGUACUGGCAGCAUUUCAAAAAGAAACAUACAAAGUUCAUGCACCAUAACCACUUCAACAAGCAGGCAUGAUUAUGAUGCUUAGAACUUCUCUUUGACAAUUUUUCUCUUUAACCGUUUUUCAUGUGAUAUGCAAAUUUGUGUUUCUUAUUUUUUUAUAUAUUUGAAAGAUUCAGUAACUCACACAUCAUAACCCAGUGCCGCUGUGACACAGCCAGGGCAUACAAUGCAAAUGAGGAGGAGAAAUAGAAUGUUUCAUUUAUUUUUUUCUAUAAAUACUCUCUCUGUGCUGACAGCCAGAUAGAAAGGACAGAGCUUAUAACAAUGGCUGACAGGGAGCUAAGAUGGAGGCGCCCAGUUCCAGAAAAGCAAUAAUAUGAAUUUCUACAUUUAAUUUUGUUUUUCAUUCUCUCACAAAAACACAUAUUUGUUAAAUACAGGGUGUAAGUUAUCAGAAUAUUAAAAAUCCUGAGACCGUUCCUCUUUGACAGAGGUGCAUUUUGUGUUGGCCUUUGUAUGUGGGCAGCACAACGCUGCGGCCUAUGUUCCUGCUAUAAAUUAAUGACAAGAGAGCGGUUUCGUUGUCUUAUUGUGCCGCAGGGUGCUGGAUCGCGACUCUCCUGUGCAGGAAGAAGAGCGUUGUACCGUAGAUAAAGUGGACGCUUCUAUCACCUAUUCUCAGUUUAUACAACAGUGAGUACAAUUCCUGGCUCUGGGUCCAACCAUUCAACGUGAUCACUCAUCCUACCCCACUCUCUGUUCUCCAUCACGGUUACUCACUAAAGAGAGAAUUCAAAGUGACUUUUAUAUUUUGGUGAAAUCUAAAACAUAACUUGUAUUAAUAUAAGAUUUUAAAAUUUAGGAAUAAACCUCACAUAGUACUUAAGGCAAACAAAACAAAAUAAGAAAAAUGUAUUGAAAAAAGCGGAAAAGUAUCCCUGAAAUAGUGAAUGUGCAUUAAGCAACCAAUUUUAACAAAAGCAGGUGAAUAUUUUACUGAUUUACAAAACAUACAAAACAGACUGUCAAGGAGGAAGAUCAGGGGCAGAGCCAGCACAAAUCAAACACAGCCCUGGCCAAUCAGCAUCUCUUUAUAGAGAUGCAUUGAAUCAAUAAUCUCUUUGGGGAAAGUUCAGGGUGGAGACACUGAAUGUCAGUCACACGGUGCAGCAAUGACCCAGGAAGCACCUCUAGCAGCCAUCUGAGGAGUGGCCAGUGAAGUUAUCACUAGGCUGUAAUAUAAACACUGCAUUUUCUCUGAAAAGACCUUGUUUACAGCGAGAAAGCCUGAAAGGAAUGAUUGUACUCACCAGAACAAAUACGUUGUAGUUGUUCUGGUGAUUUUGGUGUCCCUUUAAUUUAAAAUGUAGCUAAUUGUUAAGAACAUUGUAAGUAUAUUAAUUACAUUUUUGAACCCUUUUUCUUUCAUUACAUAUUGAAAGGUUUUAGGAUUUUAUAUUAAUAAAAGUAACAUUUUAGACAUCCUAAUAUAUUUGCCCUUUUUUCCCCCCAUUAAUAAGGGCUGGUGAUAGACCAACAGAAAACGAUUGGGAAUUUAUGUGAUGUUCAUAUCUAAAUGUCAUAUUUAGUUCCCUAGUCAAACCGAAAACCUAGGAGAAUUUUUUAAAGUUUGUUAGAUUUGCCUAAAAUGUGAAAUACAUUUAGAAUUUCUAAGAAUGUACGGUUUAGCUCUCCCUAGUAUGGUGUGAAUUGGAAUGUUACCACUAGGUGGCAGCAGAGACGUCAGUCACCUUACACUACACUACAGGGCAGCAUACAGACAUCAUAUACCCCCUUAGUGCCCUACACAGCGUUUAAUAUGAAAUCAUAUUAUACUACGAUACUCCUCACACAUCAAUUAUUAUCCGAGAUAAUAACCCUAUUACUGGGAACAAUUGGGCUGAUUUUCCUAGAUUGUGAUCCCAAGUGACCUGACGCCCACAGGGCUCCAAAGUAAACAGCAGAUGUCGGACUCACGGAGUAGUGUCAUGGUGGAAGCACAAUAUAGUAAAAGUAAAACAAUGUACUUUUCAUUGGGCUUUUUAUAUUUUUAAAAUUUUAGCCCUCGGCAUCCCCAUAUUAUCUCUUCGUUUCUACUCCGCGUCACAUGAAUUACAGCGAUAAUGUCAAACAUGGACAAAGCAUACAAUAUGGGGUCUAUGGCAGAUCUGGCAAAACACCUGAUGUCAACGUGAUCUUCUAGAAUUCUUCUCCCUGGCACGUAGACAUAGUAUACCCACCUGUGACACGGAGACAUUCUUUGCCAUCAGCUGUUAAUGGUAGGAUGUACCCAGAAAUGUAACAGAUUUGCCUUCUUUAGCCUUUUCCUAAUCUAUGGAACACAAUAGUCACAAAAUGUUUUAACAUUCCUUUUUAUUGUUGUCAUCAUUCACUGAUAAACACAGAUUGGGUCUAAUUCACUUUGUUUCUUUGUUUCCAGAUACGCUUAUAGUCGACCUGUCAUUAUUCAGGGAAUUACAGACAAUGUGGUGAGUGGAUCUGAGAUUCGGUCACAUGAUUUAUCUGUACGCAGGCUGUGAUGAUCAGCUCACAAGACAAGCACGGAUUACGUGUGGAUUUGUAAUUUAAACCUGGGAUUAUGGAGAAUCAACAAGGGAAUUGCAAAUUUUAGGGGAAAAUAAUUAAAAAGAAAGAAAUCUCUCCCUACUGUUUUGGUCUAAAAUGGCUUGUCCAUUCUCCUGAGUCCUAAUUUAGUGAAUCCAUUCAAUAAUGUCAUAAUUAAAUCACAGAAAUUCCAAUAUAAUCCCAAUAAAAAGCAAGAACCUGGAAAAGCGCUACUUUGAAUUCCAUGGGAACUGAUUUUAAAUAGUUCACUUGUCUUCCUUUGCCAGGAGUUUCAGUCUCUCUGUACCAAGCAGCAUCUCGUGCGAGAGUUUGGAGACCGCCAGGUGCGCCUGAGUACGGCCAACACGUAUUCAUACGAGAAAGGUGAGUCUAUUGAGACGUUUCUUCACAUUUUCUGGUUAUCUAUAGAGCCGGUGUACUGACAUUUGUAGACUCAUUUUUAGUAAACAAAAUUCUGUAAAUGCUGUAAAUUCAUGAAUCCACAUCGUCCCAAUCAAAAAAUAUAAAAAAAACUAAGAACACGGCUACUAUGUCCAAACCACAUAAUUGAUUUUUCUAGUGUGAAUGCUUUGCAAUCCUAAAUUUCCCAACCCUUUGCAACAACCUCUGAUUCUUGUAGCAUACCAACUCCCAUAAUGCUUUGUAGCCUUUAACAAGUCCUCCUGUGAAUAUUUACUUUAAAAUGUCCUGUUCGGCAGUGGAUGUGCCUUUCCAGGAAUACGUCAAUCAUUUACUAAAGCCCCAGGACCUGACCUCGCUUGGCUGCGGUAAGUCACAUUCUGCAUUAUUUUAUAUGUGAAUAGAUAAUCCUGGCUGCAGUGUAUCCUCCAAGUACAUGUACGGCCAUACCUACACAGGGUGGAUUUAGAACGGCUGUGAUUUUUGGAAAUAUCAGUAACUAAGAAAAGGGAAGCUGAAUUAGGGAACCUCUGUGCACCAGGAUUUGUUUUCAGGCUCCCAUUCUGAUACAAAUAUGAUCCCCAUUGUUAGCUGUCCAUUCUUCAAGCUUUUUCUUGUAGUUUUGGUGUGGACAAAAUACACAAUUUAAACGGCUUGUUCCAAUAACCUCCGAGUAGAACAGAUCUCUGUAUAUAUUGAAACUGUGGUUUUCCCAACCUCCUCUGCAGCUGUUUACAAUAGAGGCAUUUCACUACUGUUAAAAAUAUGACAAUGGUUGUGAUGUGAAUCCACUUGUAAUAUUUUUUUCCCACAGUUUCUGUCUUUGAAGGUUGCCAUUUGUAAAAUGAGACUGACAUAUUUUAUGUGCACUACAGAUACUUUGUAUUUUUUUGGAGACAAUAAUUUCACAGAAUGGGGUUCACUGUUUGAGAAAUACACACCACCUCCAUUCCGGAUUCCAGGUACCAGUGGAGCAUACAGUUUUGGGAUUGCCGGUGAGUGUUCUAGGAGUUUUCAGGGAAAGAUUCAAAGGGGAGCUAUAGCCGGGACACAGGGAUGCUCUAUAAAAAGUGUCCUUUUGUAACAUAUACAAUAUGUGUAAGCUGUACCUGGAUCCAAUCUAAAGUCUGGCAUUCCAUAUGACGCAAUAUGUAAGGUGUACAGCACUAAAUUAAUUCCCUGCCCCACUAAAAUGUAUAAGCAUAGGUUCUGUGCUGCUAAAUUAGUGCUAUAUAUGAAUGGAUUCUACAAAGUAAUAGAUAUGAAUUUUACUUGUUGCGUUCCCCCCCAACCACAUUUUCCUAUUUUUUAAAUAUAUUUACUAAGCUGGGAAUGUUGAGAAGUUCACAAGGAAACUCUGAAUUUAAUGCUAAGGAGAACUGGAAAAAGUAUUUGGUUAUUUUCAGUUCAGGAAAAUUGGCCUAAAAUGUCUUGUUUCCUAGUCAAUUGAACCCGGUCUGUCAGAGAAAAGGCGACAGGGUGCAUGAAGGGAUGAUCUGUCCUUUAUGUUCUGCAGGUUCUGGCACAGGGGUUCCUUUUCACUGGCACGGACCGGGCUACUCCGAAGUUAUAUAUGGCAGAAAGGUGAGAUGUGUAUAGUGUUCUAUUAAUAUACCGUAAAUCUUUCAUAGGUCUGCACCAUGGGACUCAGUCACAAAGUCUUGAUGUAUUCUGUGGUCCUAGCGUGAACAUGAAUCAGGUUCAUUCUCUGAGGAGGAAAUAUAAACAUGCAGUCUAAGGAGAAAAUAUAAAAUCAUAGAGAAGAGAAUUACAAUUAUUAUGUCAAACUAUCAAACCGUGAGAAUCCCCUGAUUGAGCUAUUUUUUCUGUCUGCUACUUUCUCCACAAUUCCAAAUAAACCCCAUGUAGAAACAUAAACCAAAUUUCUUCCUACUUUCUUCCAGCGCUGGUUUCUUUACCCACCUGAGAAAACGCCUGAAUUUAAUCCUAAUGGGACGACCCUGUCAUGGCUGUUGGAUACAUACCCCUACCUCUCAGAGGAAGAGCGUCCCAUAGAAUGCACCAUCCGCCCCGGAGAGGUAAGGUCAAUAUGCACCAUAUUAGAUGCCCAUUACAUCAACCUCCAAUCCUGGCUUGGAAUUGCAAAAACCUGUUUCAAUUUGCCCCAAAAUUUCUACUCAGACUUUUACUGAAAUUACUUUUGAUGCAAAAAACAAAAACAAAAAAACAUACAUUUCAUAAAGGAACGCUGUAGGCACCAAAAUGUUGUUGUUCUGAAGUAUAUAGCCGGUCUCUGGAGCCUCAGAAGUGUACAAUACUGCAUUUUCAGGUAAAAAGCAGUGUUUACAUUGCUGCCUAAUGCCACCUCUAAAGGUUGUCAUUCUGACACUCAAUAGAGGGACUUCCUGGGUUCAGUCCUGCAAAGAUUGCGAGAGUUCAGCGUCUCCACUCUCUGCAUGGAUGAUCAGGAUUGAUGAUCUCAGCCAUUGAGGCAAGGCGGCCAUGGAGGGAUCAGAGUGGCAAGGGGAGAAAGUUUGUUCUACUAAACUGCUACAGAUCACAAUAUUGUUAAUAACACACUAUACAGGAUUAUUCACUAAAAUGAGAAGUAAUUUUGAAGAUUAAAAAUUGCUGAACUGGAAAUGUUCUCUAAGGCAGCUAUGCUUCUAGUUCCACUACUUUGGUCUGAAAUUUGAAAUUCAAUUAAAAUUCUCGCUUUAGUAUAUAACCCUGUACAGUGGCUCUUUUAUCAGAAAACUAUUUUUACAAAUAUAGUUAGAAAUGGUUUUAGAUUGUGCUGAUAAUUUAAACUUUGUUUGGCCAUUUUUUUUUUUGUUAAUUAAAUUGAAAUAAAGACUUUCCAAGGAACAGACACAUCCUUAUGGCCCAAACGUCACUCACAUUAGGCAGUGGAAUGCUGGGAGUUAAAUAGCUCACCUGACUGAGGUUCUGAUUGGCUUUUGAUCUCAUGCUUUUGGUCAGUAUUGCUUACAAGUGUUAAAUAUUACAAUAUUAAAGGAAAUUCUAAACAGCCAAAUCCACAUGUAAUCGGACAUCAGUUCCAAAGUGGUAAUGCCUAAACUUGCUGCUUGAUUAGACAAUAUUAAUCUGUUAGAAUUGUACUAAAUUUAUUCAUGUAACGAACAUAACAGGUGAUUGGUCCACUUUAAUAUGGUAAUGACUUCUGUCACUCCAUGCAGGUGAAUCCAGUUUGGGAAUGAUCAAUUCUCAAUCGGUAUGUUUCUUUUUCCUGCAUCUUGCCAGGUUUUGUAUUUUCCUGACCGGUGGUGGCACGCUACCCUUAACCUCGACACCAGUGUCUUCAUUUCGACAUUUCUCGGAUAACCCCCACCAGACCAGUCACUGGUGAUACCUCUAAGGCCAGCCACGGUACCACGAGCAACACAGCAGUGACUCCCAACCCACAGAGAGAACCAGGAGGUAGAAAACCACUACUGGCCUACAACUGGACCAACUAGAUUUUUUUUUUGAUUUUUUAGCAACUGGACCAUUUUACAAAAUCACAAUAUCAGGAUUGCUGUAGAAUUUUGUUAUAUUGUAUCAUGAACUAAAAUGACAAUUUUCCAUUCCUAGUGAAACGUCUACAGUUUAAUAUUUAUAAAAAUCUGAAUGCUCCGUCCUGGUUUAUAGUUAGUAAAGGUUCAAUAAAAGAUGUAUUUUAGCAGAAAUUACUGGCUGAUUUCCUGGGCUCUUAGUGGGGAGCUAUAUCGGAGGUAGUAACCAUAAAGCGGAUUAUUCAUCGUAAAACCUUCAAACUGACCAGUGGAGAGUUUACUUUUUUGUAAUCUGCCAUCAUCUUUUUAAGAAUCUAUUUUUGUGUUUGACCAAGCAUAGGGUAGAAGAUAAGUUAUUAAAACAGGCUUGACAUUUCUCAAUUAAAGGCAGGUAAGCAACUGAAUUAAAGGAUCAUGAUAGUAUCAGGAAAACAAAGUGUUUUUCCUGACACUAUAGUGCCCUGAGUGUGCCCCCACCCUCAGGGUCCUUCUCCCUUUGUGCUGAAGGGAACCCCUUCAGCCACUUACCUUAAUCCAGCGCCGGACUCCCUCAGCGCUGGUGACCUCUCCUCCCCCGCCGACGUCAGCUGAGCCGAAUGCGCAUGCGCAGCAAGUGCCGCACACGCAUUCAAAGUGUCCAUAGGAAAGCAUUUCUCAAUGCUUUCCUAUGGACGCUCUGCGCGAUGGAGUCAUAAUAUGCCUCUAGCGGCUGUCCGGAAGACAGCCAAUAGAGGCUGGCUUAACCCUGCAAUGUAAACAGAGCAGUUUCUCUGAAACGGUUAUGUUUGCAUCUGAAGGGUUAAAACCUGAGGGACCUGGCACCCAGACCACUUCAUUGAGCUGAAGUGGCCUGGGUGACUAUAGUGUCCCUUUAACCCUCUUGCUUGGUACAGAUCUGGCAUCAAGCAGUGGUUUAGGC